CAGAUGUCAGAGCCGCGGAAUGAGGCUCACGGAUGACUUGAUGUGCGGAGCGACGGCGGAUCAGUAAGAGGGAAGCUGGAACAUUUGGAUGGAGCAGAGAUCUCGGAGCGACGAGCGACGUCAUACAUAAUUUACAGACCAUGAACUAUGUGGGUCAGCUGGCGGGCCAGGUGUUCGUGCAGGUCAAGGAGCUGUACAGAGGACUCAACCCCGCAACGCUGUCUGGAUGCAUAGACGUCAUCGUGGUCCGGCAGCCCGAUGGCUCCCUGCAGUGCUCCCCCUUCCACGUCCGCUUCGGCAAGAUGGGCGUGCUGCGGUCCCGUGAGAAAGUGGUGGACAUAGAGAUUAAUGGCGAGCCUGUGAGUUUGCACAUGAAGCUGGGAGAGAAUGGAGAGGCAUUCUUCGUCAAAGAGACCGAGAACAAAAUGGAGGUGGUUCCAUCUUACUUGGCAACGUCACCCAUCAUGUCAAUGGGGGAGGCGUUGAUGGCGUCCCAGCUGGGCAGAGGCCCUUCUCGUCACCUCGACGCCAUCCCCAGCAGCUCACUCCCUGUGCAGAGCCUGUUGCCGCAGCAAGGUGAUGGAGGGAUGACCAAGAAGAGGAGGAAGCGGAGGAGGAAGGCACGACCAGAGGGAGGUGGAGGAGGAGGAGGAGUGGGAGGAAGGAGGGAGGAGAGCGGAGAAGAGUUCUCAGAGGACGAGGACAUGUUCACGAUUGACUUGAGCUCGGAUGAGGAGAGAGAGGGGGACAGCGACAGACCUGCGUACGGUGAUCAGUCUAACAGCCACACACACACCAGCACCGACUGGACUCGCUCACAGAGUUCUGUGAUUAAGGAAACUCUCUCCAUUCCUGCACCCUGUGGUCUGUCCAUCUCUUGUCCUCAGCGGACCUCUCACUUCUCUUCACCUGUUAGCAGCCCAGAUGAUUCGCGCUCAUCAACGCCAAAGAGCGACUCAGAACUAACCAAUCAGACGAAGGACAACCCCGAGAUGCUGUGGACGUGGGGGGAGCUGCCACAGGCUGCUCAGCCGUCCUUCCUGAUUUCCCACCAGAAGCAGGAUUCUGCCACCUCGCUCUCCAUCCCGGUGUCCGCCAGCACUCACUUCAGAGCCAUAAGCGACGCCGGGCCGCCCUCCCUCGUUCUCUAUGGCCCAGAGUCAGGGGAGACCAAGGACGCUGACGAUAACAGUAGUGGAGGCAGGAUCGGACUAACUGUCAAGGCUGGAGGAGAGCAAGUGAGAGAUGUGGAAAGUGUUGGGCCUUUGAGUGCAGAGGUGGAUUGUUUAACAGCGUCCUCAAUGUCUGCGAGGAUUUUUCCCGAUCACCUGGAGGCUGAGGGCAGGAACAGAGGGAGUCCCAUCAGAAGGACUGAUUCACCAUCCAAGAGGAAAGAAAAGAGAAGCCAACACCUGGGCGCUGAUGGCAUUUAUCUGGAUGACAUUACAGAGCUGGAGCCUGAAGUAGCUGCUCUCUAUUUCCCUAAAAGUGACGGAGGCAGCAGCUCGAUGAAGGGGGACUCGGAGAUGAUGAUGGUGGGCGUGAGGAGCGCUAAUCAGUCGCCACAGUCGGUGGGCAGCAGCGGGAUGGACAGCGGCGUGGACAGUCUGUCCGACCAGAUGGGUGACCUGCCUCAUGUCGCCAUCUCUUUGUGCGGCGGACUCACCGACAACAAGGAGAUCACAAGAGAGCAGUUCCUGGAGAGGGCAGUUUCCUACCAGCAGUUCUCAGAAAAUCCCUCCAUUAUCGACGACCCGAACCUGGUGGUCAAGAUAGGAAACAAGUAUUACAACUGGAACACAGCAGCUCCUGUCAUGUUGGCCAUGCAGGUGUACCAGAAACCCCUGCCGCAGGCCUCGGUGGAGAACAUCAUGAAGGAGAAGAUGCCAAAGAAAGGAGGACGCUGGUGGUUCUCGUGGAGAAGCAGGAACAGUGAUUCCAAGUCUGAAUCAGUGACAGAAGCAGGAGGAGACCGAGGAGAGAGUUCACUCACGAUGACCUCAGUCAACAGAUUGAAGGAUGAGUCGUCCUCUAGCGAUGAGGACCACAGAUCAUCCAUUCAGGUGUCAGGAUCGUGUCAGUCAGAGGCCCUCAGUCAGAGUUCUGGCAGCGUCUGCUAUAAAAAGACUCUUCGUCUCACCUCAGAGCAACUGGCCAGCCUGCAGCUGAAGGAGGGUCCUAAUGACGUGGUGUUCAGCGUGACCACUCAGUAUCAAGGCACCUGUCGCUGCCAUGGCACAAUCUAUCUUUGGAGCUGGGAUGACAAAAUAGUCAUCUCCGAUAUAGAUGGCACCAUCACAAGGUCCGACACUCUGGGUCACAUUCUGCCCACGCUGGGUAAAGACUGGACCCAUCAGGGUAUUGCACGGCUCUACCACAAAGUCAGCCUGAACGGAUAUAAAUUCAUGUACUGCUCGGCAAGAGCUAUCGGCAUGGCUGAUAUGACGCGAGGCUACCUGCACUGGGUCAACGAGAGGGGAACCAUGCUGCCGAUGGGCCCGGUGCUGCUCAGCCCCAGCAGCCUUUUUUCUGCCCUGCACAGGGAGGUGAUUGAGAAGAAACCAGAGAAGUUUAAGAUCGAGUGUCUGACAGACAUCAAGCAGCUUUUCUACCCGAACACUGAGCCGUUCUACGCUGCUUUUGGCAACAGAGCCACGGAUGUGUAUUCCUAUAAGGAAGUGGGUGUUCCCCUGAACAGGAUUUUCACCGUCAAUCCCAAGGGGGAGCUGAUCCAGGAGCACGCCAAAACCAAUAUCUCCUCCUACGGGCACCUGUGUGACAUGGUCGACCACGUCUUCCCAGUCCUGGUUCAGGAUGAAGAAGCAGACUUUCACCGCUCUGACACCUUUGACCAGUGCAACUACUGGAGCAAACAGCUUCCAGACGGCACCAGUCAGGAAGAAGAAGAAGAUGACCCGCAGCCGAUUGAGACAAGCUGAGGAAACACGCUGCUUUCUCCACCCCACAGUCAGACGUGACGCUGUGGUCAGUGGAUUUGUGAUUCAUCAUGAGACCAGCAGCAUAGCUAGAGUGUAGAAGAUAUUAAAAAAAUCAAGAACCGUGUGGGAAACAGCCAUCAAGCUUUUUCCUAACAUGGUAAAUGAGAGCAGCUUCUUAGCUCCAAGAUGACUCUUAAUUUAAGUAAUUGCAACUACUGAUUGGCAGUAGAUGAAUGUGUUUCUAAUAUCCCACAUGAACAAGUCGCUGUGCCAUCGAUCAGCAGUGAGAAAACCCAAGAAACUAAGAUCAAAAGAGAGCACUUAUGAGAAAAAAAAAAACAGGACUCAUUAGGGUCCAUUACAAGUACGACUGUUGUUUUUAAAGAAAAGAAUGUAAAAAGACAAAGACUUUUAUAAAAUAAGAGCAUCAAAUAACCUGAUAAAUUUUAACAGCUGUUUGGGAGUGAAGCCAACAGGUUAGUUCUUCCUGAUCAGGGUUCAUCACAGGGUUAAAGACAUUUGCAAGUGCACUGACACGUUGUGAAGGCAUUCCAACACUACAGAACACAAUAUCCCUUUAGCUCUAUGAGAGAUUCCUUCAGCCGGUCAUCGUUCUCUCCUUCAGCCGACACCACUGCUCACUUAGACUAGUCAAUAGAAUAUGAUUUACAUAUGUAAUUCAUAACACAUUAAUUAUUUGAUGAUGCUUUUCAAAUCCCAGAGAGGCCUCUUGGUGCAGCAUUCAUUCUUUAAUCUCGUUUCGGAAAGAAUAUUGUCUUUCUUUACACAUCACAUAGCAGCGCGUUCACCAGUUAGUAAGCAGAGAUUUACAGUCUCCGUUUAAGUUGUUCCUGAUCCAGGUGUGUAAUCUUUUCUGACCUCAAGCAAACUGGACAUUUUGCACCAGAAACCCCCACAUUGCAUUACAGUGAAACCAUCCAGAGCAUGCAAAAAUAGCACAGAUAGUGUACGCAGACAUCUUCUGUGCCAAACUCCUCUGCAGGUCCAGCUAAAUGUGUGUGGUCUCUUUUGACCGUGUUACUGUGAAACAUGUGGCCAUGGCACGUUUUCUAGUGGUCUGUGACUGUAUUCAAGAAAAAUGCAGGACAAUGCAAUUAACUUCAGUCUGUGUUAAUUCUCUCUGUUUUUUUUAGACAUGAACAAAUAAAGGAACUCCAGUGAUGAUGCUAGAAUGUAAUAUAUAAAUCACUCACUCACUCUAAUGACUCAACAAUGCAACUACUUUCUAAACUCAUAUAGGAUUAAGAUUUUGUAAUGUUACUGCACAGAUCACAUGUAUAGCACUAAUCUGUCUUGUUGUGGAGAAGUAAAUGUAGUAUAUUAAGAUGUACGAAUUUCUCCUCAGAAGCAUCUAUUUUUUUGAAGUUUGUACAUAUUUUUUUCAUCUGUUGUCAGAUGUGUGUGUGUGUGUGUGUGUGUUUUCUUCCACUGAUCAAGUAACAUCUACUGAACCACAUUUAUGCAAGAUGAAAUCCUGUGUGUUUAUUUGUGUAACUUAAAUUGGGGGAAACCACUGUAAAUGAUGAUAACAUGACUCUUUGUGACCAUAUGAAGUGAGUUUCUUUGAAAUUGUCUAAAAUACCUUCUUAAUGGUGCUCAUUCAAACCAUUUUAUUUAUAAGAUUUACUGUAAAUCUUUUGUUUUUUAAAUAAAAAAAAAUAAAAAAUCUGCCUCGUGUUGCACUGAGGUGGUGUUUUCAUCAUGUAACCACUAACGCAAUAGAUCAAUUUACAGGAUUUAUAAAAUCCAUUAAAUGAGAUAAUUGCCUGUUUCUCCAUUUAAUACCAGUUUUUAAAUUUGUCAUUUUGCUUCAUCUGGUGCCUCUGGUUUAAUGUGGGUAUUGAGAUGGCUUAAUUACAAACUGUAGUGUUUUGGCAUCAUGCAGAAGAGAACCAACCAACAAAAAAACUGAUUCUCACUUUUAGUUCAUAUUUUUUCUUUAUUUUAACAAUGUGUCCUGUAUUGAAAAAAAAUGCUAGAAUGCAGUUAACGCACCCUCUGACUGACUGUGACUGAAUCUGUUAUGCUCUUAUAUACCGUUUGUACAUAGGAUAGAUCCUCUGUGUCUGAUGCUGUACUGUGAUUGACUUUGCCUAAACUAAUGAGACCUUUAAUUGAAUCUAAAGAUGUUGUCGUUCACAUGCCUUUGGGGAGUGCUAAGUGUAAUUUGUGUGUGAGGAAGAGACACAAAGGAAGCAUGCUGUGGUAACGUUGACAUGCAUAUGUACGUGGAUGUAGUGAUCACUGUCUUGCCACGUGAUCUUUUAGGGAAGUACAACAAAAAGUCAAUUUAAAAUUUGGGUUUCCAUGUGUCACAACUAUGAUUUACUUCCAAAAUGUUUUGAGUAAAUCAUCUUUUGAUGAUAAUCACCUAAUUCUUUCUGUGAAAGAUUUAUUAAAACUCUUGACUAGUUUUCAGUCUGUCUCAUGUGUUGACAUGGAUGUUUAUCCAGUUUGCUGUCUCCCAUGUAAAGGUUCUGUUUUGGGCACUAAGCAGCCGUCUACCAAGCAGUGUGCAGUGCAAGCUAUUGUUAACAAUGUAGUUCGAUCUGUACAAUGGACUCAUUUUUCAAUAAACUCAAAGGUAAUUCCUA